AUGAUUAUAGUCACCAGCAAUUUUAUCACCAACCCCAAGUCGAUUAUACAAAUCAGGGUAGAUCUAACUAAAUGGACAAUUAAUUAUCCGAUUAAUGAUCAACAUGUAGCACGUUUUACUCAACAAAAUUCUAGUCCUAAUACACCUAAUAGUGCUUCAACGCCAAAAAUACAAAUUGAAAAUGAACAAUAUAAGAGUAACUUAAAUAAACGUCCAAAGGCAACGUUAAACCGUCAAUACCUUAGUAAUAAUAACCAAUAUAGUGUACCAUUCUCACAUUUAAAACGUGCAGUUACAAACAACCUUCCCUGCUUUAUUAUACAAUUUGAUUCACAUAUUUCACCAAGCGAAUUCCCUUCAAGUGUAAUAGCUAGUGAUUUAAUUCAUGAAAAUCUUAUUCAAAAUGGUGUCAGAAUUAAUCCUUUUUCAGUUGCUGUAUUAACUGGAAAAUAUGAAUUAAAGUUAGGUGUUAAUAAUAAAGAAGAUUAUUCUAUCUUAAUAUUAACGGAUAAAUGGCCUACUCACGUUAGUAAUAAAAGAAUUACAGUUGUUAAACCUAAAUUUGUACCUGAGUGCUUUACAUUAGUUAUUCGGUAUGUACCAAUCACUUUUAAUUUGGAGCAAGUUAACGAGGAAAUAAAACGUUCUAUUAAAUCUGCUGAUCACUUUAAAGAAAUUAUCUAUUCCUACGAACGGUCUACAAGGGAUUACCGUUUUAUAGUGGCCGAUUUGAGAGAAUAUAACGUUGCGUUACAGCUAGGUCGUAUUGCAGUAGGUAACCGAUUACUACCUAUCACAACAUACAAAGCAGCAAACAAAAUGACAUAUUGUACUAAACGUUGGGGUUUGGGCCAUUUGAGAGAUGUAUGUACAAUACUAACUCUAAGAUGUCGAAUAUGUUUAGGUAAUUUUGGUCCAAAUCAUCAGUGCUCUAAUGUUCUAAAAUGCGCUAAUUGUCAGCUGGAGCAUCACUCACUAGAUCCAAGAUGCGAUGUUAUUCGUCGGUAUCGUACAGAAUUAAAUAAAGCUGUUAAUAUGGCAAUUUGUGAAGGUAAAUUACACCGUCGUGAAAUAC